AUGUACAGUGCCACUCUGACUACGAUUCUCGCCCUCACGGCCAUCGUGGCUGCUUUUCCGAACGCAUCCAGGCCGUUCGAAAUCACAAGUGAACGCGCCACGCGCACCGAUGAUCUGCCCGACAUCGCCUCAAUCAUUUCCGUUCCGCCGGCCACAUUUGUGAGCUACUCAACGGGAAACCUCGUUCGAGACAAUCUCCUCAGCAGCCUCACCGGAGCACGCCCGGUGGCCGCAGCCAAUGCUGCGAAACGGUGGACCUGCGCUUCGUCACCGACCUUCACUUGGGGCGACGCGGACACUGGUGGCGUUGGCGUGACGAUCAGCAAUGCAGAUUUCGACUGGCGGGCGUUCUACAUCUAUCAGAACCUCUGCGACUACGUCCCCCUGAAAUAUCUAUGGAUUGAGGCCCAGCACACCGUUUUCGUGUCCCUGCCGGCCGACUUCCAGGGACGCAUCACACGUGGCACAGACGAGUGGAACCUCGGCGGCAUACCCAGACCCCUCGGAACAUGGCUCGAGCUCGCCGUCGAUAACCGCAGUUGGAUCUGGGGCGACAUCUCGCUGAUUCGAGGGUGUGACGGCGCUGCGCUGAUGUGGGCUCUCGACGGUUCCGGUGCGUGGAAGGGCUUCACCCAGAACAUUGUGGACGGUGCCCCUUCCGGCAUAACUCCAUCUGGUGCAUACGACAUCAAGCCCUCAGGGCGGUGGGUCAUUGCGGCGACAGAGAAUUGGGACGGCUCGACCAACAUCAUCCCGAUGACUUGGGAUCUCCAAAGGGUCGGUCCGGAGUACGUCUACGUCGAUGAUGCUCAUGGAAGCCCAGUUAUCGCAUCCCAGAAUGGUCGGUUUGGAACUUAUUGGCCAGCAGGCAUACUUUAG